UUUCGAUUUUGAAGACACAGAUCGUUCUUUUACCUGUAGAGCUACUUUUCAAUAAUUUUGAAGACGCUGAUCACUUCACUUGUUUGGGCCCCGCGACAGCUACGCUGAGGAUCUGGUUCUUCAAUGAAAGUAUACAGCAUGGAGAAGAUCAACUGUAUUUUUGUCGCAGUAGUUGGCGUUGAGGUAGUUGCUUUUAUCGUUGUUUUGCUGCG